AUGUCGGAAGCUACACUCUCAGAACGAGGGAGAGCGAUGGCGCAAACCAGUCUCAAAGCUCGUCUGCAGCCGAUCCUCUCCAACCUCUACCACGCAAAGGACAAUCCCAACGGCAUCGUCGACAUGGGCACAGCCGAGAACCACAUCAUGACAAAAGAAGUUUCAGCCUUCGCCAACACCAAACUACAAACAACUACCAGUACAUUUACCUACGGUGAAGGGCCCUGGGGAAGCAAGCGUCUGCGCACCGCAAUGGCCAACCACAUGAACAACUACUUCCAUCCUUUCUCUCGCAUCCAACCCGAUGACUUGGUCUUCGCAAAUGGAAUUACUUCUCUGUUUGACUCAUUCGGCCACGCAAUAGCCUCACCCAACAACGGCAUCUUAAUCUCACGACCCUGCUACCAAGCAUUUCCCGCAGAUUUCGGCGCAAAAGCAGGUCUUCAAUGUGUUUUUGUGUCUUUUGGCAACACUAAUCAGUUCUCUGUCGCUUCAAUCCAACAUUACGAGACCGCAUUACUUGCAGCCAGAGAAAAUGGAAUUUUCAUCCGUGCUUUACUGCUUUGUAACCCUCAUAAUCCUUUGGGUCGUUGCUAUCCUCUGGAAACUAUCAAAGCACUCAUGCAACUCUGCAACAGAUACUCUAUACACCUUCUUGCCGAUGAAGUCUACGCUCUCUCUGUCUUCAAGCCUUCUUCAACACCAUUUACGUCUGUCCUUUCCUUUGAUACCACACCCUACAUAUCCCCAGAAUAUUUACACGUUGUUUACGGCAUGAGUAAAGAUUUUGCCGCUGGAGGUUUAAGGUUGGGUUGUUUGUAUAGCCGCAACAAGGCGUUAAUGGAUGCUGUAUCAGCAGUGUCGCAGUUUAAUUGGAGUGGUCCGUUAGCGCAACUUUUCGCUACACAAAUGCUGGAAGACGAAGAGUGGAAAGCUGGGUUUUUUGACACGAGCAAGAGAGUAUUGAAAGAGAGGUAUGAGAAGUGCACAAGCAUUCUUGAUGGUUACGGCAUAGAGUACUCUCCAGGAUCUAAUGCUGGGUUUUUCGUCUGGAGUAAACACAAACCAGCUAAUACGUUUGCANNGGUCAACUUCCACCCUUUCCUCGACCUAACCGCCUACAAAGACGAAUGGGCAGCAGAAGAAGCACUCGCAACCAAAAUGCUAGAAACCGGGGUUUACAUCACAAAAGGCUCGUUGCUGCAAUCAGAGCAAGCGGGAUGGUUUCGAAUCAUUUUCGCACAGGAUGAUGAUGUGAUGGAAGAAGGGUUUAAGAGGUUGUUUGANUCGAUUGGGGCAAAUAGGGUACAGGUCUAG